CGAUAUUCCAUUUGGGCUUUAGCCUUUACCCUCGAAGGUAAGAUACGUAGCUCUUAUUCCCAAGUAAUUCCAUAAUUACCUUCUCAUCAACAUUCAACCCCAAUUUAAUCACCUCGGAAUCUCGACAGAGACUCACUGAGUCACUUCAAUCAUCGGUGCAACCUUCAAAUGGGCGGUGGAAAAAGGAAACCAACAAAUAAAUCGAGGCCUCGAGGCCAGAGGCAACCACAAUCCCUCUUUAUUGAUUGUGGAAUCUUGUCUGACUUUGAUUCCCCAUCUUCAUCUUCUUCUCGUCGAGGUAAAACGGGGAAUUUGAAAUGUGGGAAUUCUGCAACUGGGUCCAAUUCUAAUUUCAACACUGGUGUUAAAAAAUCUUCUGCUAAUUAUUUUCGUUAUGACUACCCUUCUAUUGAUUUCAAGGAUGUUGUGCAGUCCGAACCUCCAAAAGGAGAAAAGAAUGGUGAGGGUAGUUCAGUAGCGUUGCAGCCAGUAAUCUUGUUAGGUUCAAAAGAUAGCAAGAUUGUUUCUUUUGAAGACCCAAUACCGUCGAUGGAGCCUUCUAAGGUGGAAUAUUAUUAUGAAUAUAGUUCUGGUUUUGUAUUGGGAGAGAGUUCUCAUGGUGAAUUGGGGUUCUCUGAUGAACCAGAGGAAACUCUUGGUGUUACAGAAUUGUCAUCAGGUAUAUUGGUUGAUGAGGAAGAACAGUUGCAUAGAGGAUUGGGGUUUUCUGAGCAGUUAAAAGUUUCUGAUAAUGGAGGGUUAUUGUCAUCAACAAUUGUGCAAGAGCCAUUAGAGCUGUUUGAUAAAUCCUCGACUCAUGGCAUGGAAGAGGAGGUGGAGGAUGGUGAGGGUUCUAUGAAUGAAGAAGAUAACAUUGUGGACGAAGACGAAGAUGAAGAUGAAGAUGAAGAUGAAGAUGAAGAUGAAGAUGAAGGUGGAGAUGGAGAUGGGGAUGAGGAUAGUUCAUGUUUGCUUCAUAAAUUUCCAGUGAAGACUUCAUCUCGUAAAAAGAAUUCUGCAUUUGUGUCAAUUGGAGGUGUGAGAUUGUACACCCAAGAUUUAUCUGACGAGGAGGAGGGGGAAGAAGCGGAAGAUUGUUUUGAAGAGGGGAGCUCUUCUGAAUCAUUUGAGAGCGAUAACUCUGAAGAUAGCUCGGAAUUUGAAUCUGAUAUUGAUGAAGAUGUAAUGGAGGAUUACUUGGAUGGAUGUGGAGGGGUAAAUGAAAUUUUAAAAUCCAAUUGGUUGGCUUUACAGCAUAUUGAUGGUCAAGAGGAAGGAGAUGAUAGUGAUAAUGAUUCUAGCACUGAUGAAUACGGAGAGACUUUGAAGAAAUUGGGUGGUGUUGCUCUUGAAGAAGCGUCCAAAGAGUAUGGAAUGCAAAAACAGAAGUCAAAAAAGAAGCCUUCACCCAAGUCUAGCAAAUUAAAGUCUGCUGAAGGUGCUUGGUCUUCAACUUUGGAUGAUUUAAUGCUUGUUAAGGAUCCAAGACAACUUUCUGCUAAAAAGAAGCAUGCAGCUCAAUUUCCUCAAUCAUGGCCUUCUGGAGGUAGCAAAAAUAAAAAAUACGGGAGGUUUUCAGGUGAAAAGAAAAAACACAGAAAAGAAAUGAUUGCCCUAAAGCGCAGGGAGAGAUUGCUACGUCGUGGUGUUGAUCUUGUGGAAAUAAAUUCGAAGCUGAAGCAGAUGGUUUUGAAGAAUAUUGGCAUUCUAUCAUUCCCUCCCAUGCAUACACGGGAUUGUUCUCAGGUACAACGUCUAGCUGCAAUUUAUCGUUUAAGGAGUGACUGCCAAGGUUCUGGCAAGAAAAGGUUUGUAACACUAAGUCGAACACAACACACCAAUUUGCCAUCUGCGAUUGAUGAAAUACGACUGGAGAAGCUGAUUGGAUCGUGCAAGGAUGAUGUUGAUUUCCCAGUAGUUGAGACACCUCAAAGUGCCAGGAGUUCUGCUCGUAGAAAAUUAACCAAGAACUUGACGAACCAGCAAGGAAGCAGCAGAAAGAGUGAGAGGAGAAAUAGUGGGCAAAAGCCUGGAGCAUAUAAUCAACCAGUGUCAUUUGUCUCAAGUGGUCUAAUUCAAUCAGAGCCUGUCGAAUCCAGCCCUGUUGGAGCAAGUGAUGAUUUAAAUCAGAAAAGCAAAGCUGCAGACAAUACCUCAUCAAUGAUUGGUUCAUUUGAAGUUCAUACAAAAGGUUUUGGGUCAAAGAUGAUGGCUAAGAUGGGGUAUGUGGAAGGUGAAGGUUUGGGGAAAGAUGGCAAGGGAAUGUCAAGGCCUAUACAGGUGAUUCAACGACCUAAAUCUCUGGGAUUGGGAAUGUCUUUUGUUGAAAGCAGCAGUGAAACUGUGAAAGUAGCUACGACUCCUAAAAGAAGUGGUGCAUCAUCAUCAUCAUCAAGGAACUCUACUCCAAAUAUCGGUGCUUUUGAGAAACAUACUAAAGGGUUUGGAUCAAAGAUGAUGGCGAAGAUGGGAUUUGUUGAAGGAACAGGUUUGGGUAGAGAUUCUCAAGGUAUAGUUGCCCCGUUGGUGGCUGUCCGACGGCCCCGAGCUAGAGGUUUGGGUGCUGAAGGUAAAUGAUCAUUGAUCUAAUUUGCUACCUGUGUAUAAAUGAUCAUUGGUUUAGCUCUCCAGUUUGCUGCUGUAUUUGAAGAUAAUAGGGUAACCUCAACGCACGAGUUGUUUAACAGUGGAGUACCUUAGGUUCAUGAAUGUAUUGUUUGGUUUAUGGUAUUCGAAGCAUGGAGAAAAGCAAUGCAUAUUUAUGUACUUUACGCUUAUUAUUCUUUUAGAGGUAAGUUGGAGACCUCGGCUCUCAUAUGAGCCAUAGCUGAACUGUCACUGUAAAAUUUAUGGUGUCCUUACCAGAAACAUGUUAUUUACAGAUGUUUUAAGUAAUUUGUAUUGUAGCUAUGGAAUAGCUUGUUGUUCACAAGUAUUAUGCCAAACUGCAAUUGUCAAACAUAUAUGUAAGUGAUUCCCAAAACGAGGUAAAUGAGAGACAACAGCAGCACGCCAUGAAUAAUCUCUAUUGACAUGUA